AAGUAAGAGUAGUUCUAUAUAUAUAUAUAUAUAUUCUGUGUAGAGAUUGGUGAGUUUUUAGUUUGUAAAUUUAUGUAACAGUGGAGUAGGUUGGGGAGAGAGUCACAGAGAUGAUGGGGCUGCAAUCUUGUAUGAAGAAGGAAUUGCCUUUUGCAGUAAUUGUAAUGUUGGAGUUUGGCGAUGUCUGUAGUACAACACUAUCCAAAGCAGCUAUGAAUGUUAGGAUGAACAGCUUGAUUUUCGUUGUAUACCACAAUGCUCUUGGCACCGUCAUUCUUCUUCCUUUUUUCAUCUUUCACAGGCAUAGGAUUUGUUUGACGCAGAUAUGUGUAUUCACCAGAAUCAACUAUAGCUCCCCAACUCUAUCAGCCGCUGUGUCUAACAUAUUACCGGCUUUUACAUUCUUGCUUGCAAUCAUUUUCAGGAUGGAGAAAUUUGAUUUGAGAAGACCAAGAAGUCAAGCAAAAUCCUUGGGGACCAUUGUGGCAGUGUCAAGAGCAUUUGUGAUGGCUAUUUAUAAAGGGCCACCACUGCUGAUAGCCACCUCGCCUUAUAAUUUACCUCACCCGCUUCUUUUGUUACAACAACAACCAAACUUGGUCCUUGGAGGGCUUUUCCUUGGAAUCUCUUGCCUUUUGGCUUCUAUAUGUAACAUUGUGUAGACAACAACUGUUAAAAGAGUACCCAGAUGACCGUAGUCUUUUUCUACACUUUAUUUGGCACCAUCCAGUGUGCAAUUUUCUCUAUCAUCGCUGAAAGAAAUCGAACUGCUUGGACUUUACCACCUGGGGUUGAGAUGAUUGCUGUUGCGUUUUCAGUAAGACUAUGAACUUAUAGGUUCUGUUUUAGCUGUGUUGGACAUGUUUUGGAAAGCCUAACUGUGUUAUUCUACCACAAUAUGCCUCUGAAUGCUCACUGCUUUGGUACAGCUUCUGAUAAACGCAGAAGCUAAAAUUAUCCCCUUUCAAACACCCUGGCAAGCUAAAAGCUGAUCAGUCAUUUUUGCAUGCACAAAGAAACUGUAUUAAAUACUCACAAAUU